AUGCAUCGUGGCCUCCAGCCCCCGCAGGCUCCUGGCCGCGUGGGGAAGCCAAGUGACCGGACGCAGGCUCCCACGAAUCGGCCUCGCCGGCCCCUACCACAAGUGCCCGUCAAGCGGGAGAGCCCUCCCUCCGCCCAGAACGGAAAGCGCGGCCGGCUGCGCGUCUUCUCCGAGGCAGAGGAGGAUGAGCUCGGUAUCGGGACCCUGCUCGGCGACUAUGAGGAGCAAGGCGUGAACCAUGGUCGUCCGACAUACCAAAAGGUGGUGGACGCACCUAGCCAAGACGAGGUCAGCGUUUACGUCUACUACUGGGACACUCGUGAUGGUGUCGACUUUUCUGGCUGGUGGUUCGGAGACAAGGUCGGCGGAUCCCAGGUCUGGUCCCGUGCCACGGACAACGGCAAGGCUCCACCAGAGCGGGGCUGGAAGGUGCCCUGGGAUGGAGACGCCCCGGAUGGGUUGCUUUGUGUCCGGGUUCUCAAUGCCGGCAUGGCGCAGCCGGUUUCAACAAGCAGCCCUACGGUGCCACCCAAGGCAGUGAAGGCCAAGGUCCAGGAACCGGAUGAGACAGACAAGGAUUUGCUGAAAGAGCGUAUCCGCUUAGCAACGGAUCGAGUUACCUCAGCAGAAGCGGAAACACAGCAGGCGAUCAGAGCUGCGAAGGAUAUGCUGGCUGCCGAGGACGUUGAUGAAGCGACGAUCCUGGAAGCAGACUCGCAGCUCAAAGCGCAGAUGGAGACAAUCCAGGCAGAACACAAGGACAUUGCCAAGGAGGUGCAGGAUGCACGAGCAAACGGCUCAACCCAGGGCACUGUGGGGGAGUUUGCUCGGCUACUGCCCAGGCUCCGAGCGCUCCAUGCGGGUUGCGAGAAGGAGCUCUCUACCGUCAAGCUAGCUCUGGCCAAGGUCAGAAAGGCUGCGGAACAUGCCAAGCAGCAGGCCAGUGCCGCAGAGGCCGCCGCCGAGGCGGAGCAGAAGGAUGUCCUCGCCUUUCAAGCAGCGCUGCCCCAGGCUAUGCAGGUCGUCACCGACGCCGAGGAUGCUGUCGAGACGGUCGCCAUCCUUGCGGCGGCUGUGUCCAUCGACGAAGAUGUCCCAGAUGCCGGCGAGACUCAGACGAAGGCGAUCCAGGACAUCGAGAAGGCUGCGACGAAGGCUUCCACAAACUUGAUCGAGGCCAAGAAGAUCGUCCAAAGUCGCCUCGUGGAGAUAAAGCGAUAUGCGCCCGAAGCAAAGAAGGUGGCAAUGAAAGAGUACCAGGAUCUCGACCGGAAAAUCCUCGAGGCUUCCAAAAGGCUGUCGCCCCUGAAGAAGUUCCGACAGGAGUUCGAGCAGAAGGCAAAUGCCAAAAAGGCCUUGGCUGAAAUCACCAAGACGCUCAGCAGUGCGGAGCUGGAGGUCGAGAAGGCGCACAUCAUGACAUCUUCAGCAGACUCCACUGGAUCGAAGAUGGAGGAGGAAGAGAUCAGCUCUACCUCAAAGCUCCUGCAGCCGGCCGAGGCGGACCUCCACAAGUCGGUGCAGAUGAUCGAGCGGAGACUGAAGGCGCUUUCCGGCAACGACGGAGAAGCUGAGCAGCAGCGCAAGGAGUUGGAGGAGCUACAGCGGCGGAGUGUCGAGACCCGCAACAAAAUGGCAGCUGUUCGCACAGUGCUGAAACGACAAGAAGAAUCGCUUCAAGUCGAUGUCCUCCAGAACCAGGUGGCAGAAAAGGUGGAGCUAGCCGAGGAGGCUUUCCUGGCGACCUCAGAAGCAGAGAUGCCCUUCCUGAAGGGCCUCGAGGUCCUGCCUCGAGAAGAGGGAAUCCAAGCUGUCGCCAUGUGCGAGGCUGCUGCCAAGAAGUGCGAAGUUGCACUGGAGCAAGCCAGGCUCUUGCACGAGAAGGUGGUUAACGAAUCCAAGACCAAGUUCUCCAAGGAGGUGAAGGAUCGGCUGAAGGAGGAGCUUGCCAAGUUUCGGCUCCGUGGAGAAGAGACGGCGAAGAAGCUCGCCAGCUUCAAGAAAGAGACGCAGCAGCGGAAAGCCCAAGCAAUGCUUCAAGAAGUCACGGAAAAAGUGGCUGAAGCCGAGAGCCAGUGCCAGACUUUCUCAGAGGUAGUGAAGGUCUUGGGCACGGACAACCUGGGCCAGGUCACGGUCGAUGUCUUGAAGUACGCCAUUGAUCAGUCGCGGGCGGCAGAGAAGGACUCUGUUCGGGCCUACAAUGCGGCCCGCGAAGUCAUCACUGCUAAGCAGAAGCAGGUCAAGGAGAACUCUCUGCUGUCAGAGCUGUCAAAGCUCCAGAGCAAGCUGGCGGCCGCACAUGGAGAAAUGGUCAAGAGCAGGCAGCUUGCAAAAAGCGGAGAUGCCGUCAUCCGAAGCAAGAAGGUCAUCGAGACAGAAGAAGCAAGGGUCAAAUCCAUCGAUGAGCAGAUUGCGGAGAUGGAGAAGCUGACUUCUCUGUUCGACGGUCCAGAAGUCAAAGCGGAGGAUCUGAAGAAUGUCGAUGAAACCAUCAAGAAAGCGCAAGCAGCCGGCCACCUCAGCGAUUUGAGGGGCGCCGCGGCGUCCCUGAAGAUCCCGCUGAACCACUUAAAAGAGAGAGUCAAGGAGGCGGCUCAGAAAAUUGAGAAGGUGAAGCAGACCACGAAAGCCCAGAGAGAGAAGGCUCACGCCGAGGCCUACGUGAAGGAGGCGGAGCAGAAGGUGGAGGCUGUGGAGGCGUCCCUCCAGAAGAUCGCGGAGGCGGAGCUUCCUUUUCUGAAGGGCAUCGAGGUACUGCCCCUAAAGGAAGCCUCCACGGCCAUCGCGGACUGCGAGUCGGCUGCAAAACAGGUGCAGGAGGCCAUGGACAAGGCCAAGGCGGUCCUGACCGCACGCGUGGCAGAUGUCCACAAGUUCGCAGAGGUGGCCUCGAAGCCGACGCUCGAGCGGCUGCAGAGCCUCGUGGAACGCAACAACGCGGCAGGCGUGAAGCUGGGAGCCUUCCGCAAGGACACAGAGAAGCGCAAACGGACCUCGAAGCUUCAGGAGGCCGAUGAGAUCCUGAAGACUGCGGAAGAGGAGGUGGACCAAGCACGGGAGGCAGCCACGCCUUUAGCUGCCGAGGACCUGAGCACAAUGACUGCCGACACGGCGACGCAGAUCUGCAAGACCCUCGCAGGUCUCGAGAAGGCGGCCGGACAGCGAGUCCACCAGGUCAUCAACUUCCUGGCAGAGCGUCGGAAGGACCGGGACGCUGAAGGUGGCGUGCCAGAGGAGCUGGAGCAAAUGCAGGUGCGGCUUGGCAAAGUGAAGGCGAAGUUGGCAGAGUCCAAGAAGCACACCUCCAUGCUGGAGCAGCGCUUCGUCUCGAAGAAGCUGCUUGCCGAGGCUGCCGGUCUGGUGGAUGAGGUCGAGGCCGAAAUCCAGAAAGUGGAGGCAGCAGCUUCUCCGCUCCUGGACAGCUCCAGCCUGCUCGUGCGCUUGAACGUGCAGCGGCUGUCCACCGCUGUCCAGGAACUGAUCAGCAAAGGCCACACCAAGGAAGCACUCUUCGCCAAGGCGUGCGGGGAAGGUGGUACCAAGGUCAGCACAGAGCAGUUCAAGGCCUUCAUUGCCUGGCUGGCCGAGAAUCAGACCUCCGAGGACGUCGUGUUCUUGGACUCCCAGCUGGAGGCGAUCUUCAAGAAGCUCGAUGCGGACAGCAGCGGGGACUUGAGCGAGCAGGAGUUUCAGGACAUCUUCUCGGAGUUCUUUCUCUGUGUACAGCCCAUCUCCAUGACAGAUGGGAUGUCCAUCAGCAGCGGCAAGAAUGUCUUGAAGCUGGAUGUGGGCAUGGUGGUCGAAGCGCUGGGAAUGCCGCAGUUCGACGAGACCCAGAAGCUCACCCGACUACACUGCCGGGUAGUGGAAGACACCUCCAAGGAGGGUUGGGUGACGAUGAGAGGCAACCAAGGCAAGGUGUACCUCAGUCGCCAGUCGCCUCAAAACACGGCCCUGAAAUCCUUUGCGAGGAACUGGAACACGGUAACAAAGCAAGUGGAGAAGGUCUCAGCUCACAUCACUGACAAACGGAAAGCCAUGGGGACCUGUGCGCAAGGUCCGCUGAUUGAGGCCAGGAGUGAGCUGGACCAGCUCAAAGCCAAGGCCAUCUCCUUCAACAGGCGGCUCAGUGACCUCAAAAGGAAAGUGGAGGCAUCAAAGAAGGAGUACGAAAAGAAAGCCGAACAGGAGAAGAAGGCCCGCAUGGACGCACAGGAGCAGAAGCUCUUGGCUGCGGUCACGAAGGUGCUGGACGAGCAGGUCAAGGCCGUGGAGUCCGAGGCGACACAGAUCACCGAGGCCAUGGCUCCGCUGGUGAACAUUCAAUCGGAGGUGGAGGUCCUGAAGGUGCCAACCUCGCUCCUGAAGGAAGGUGAGCAGAUGAAUGCGCAGCUCAAAGAAAAGCUUGCAGCUGUGAGGACCGCGAUUGCGAAGCACGAAGGCCCCAAGGACGAAGGCUCGGGGCAGAUCCGCCAAGCGGUCAAUUCGGCCAAGUGGAAGGUGGACAACAUGGAGAAGGAAGCUGCCAAAGUGCUGGAGGCCGCUCGGGCCACCGCAUCUCGUGUGGCGGACGUGGCGCUUCGGGAAGCGCGGGCUUCCCUAAGGUGUGAGUGCGCCAAGAAGGACACCACCUUGGAUGCAAUCUUCGACACGAUGCGCGGAGAAUCGCCUGAUGGCACAGUCGCCAAAGAAGCAUUCGAGAGGUACUUGGGAAGCAUGUCUGACCUCGGGCUCAGUGCCGAGCAGGUCUCCCUGGUCUACGACAGGAUUCCUCAAAGCGAGGAAGGUGUCUCCAGAUGGUCCUUCCUUCGCAGCUUUCAGCAGUUUUUCGUGUGCCAGAAGUCCAUUGCACUGACGUAUGACUUCGUCAUUUCCAACCGCAAGCCGCUGCGAAUGGUGGCCUGUGACGAGGUUAUGGAAGUCGUGGAGGGGCCGCAAACGGACCCGAAGCUAGGCAUCACCCGGGUGAAAGGCCGACUGCUCGAGCACAACGUGGUCGGUUGGGCCACAGUCUCUGGCAAUCAGGGGUCCCGCUUCUUAAAGGAGAAGGCAAAACCCUACAUGCAAUGCCUCGUAGAGCUGCCUCUUGAGCCCGACUUCUUGACGAGUGAAGCUCCCAUUCGGUUGCUGAAGGCCGAAGAGGUGCUGGAGGUAAUAGAGGGGCCUCGCAAGGACAGCAACGAGCCGCUGCUUCGGGCUCGUUGCAAGGCAUGUUCAGACCAGGCCGAGGGCUGGCUCACCCUAAAGGGUCCCGCCGGAUUCCUGGCCGAGCAAGGCCGGCACAAGCAUUAUGUCUGCAAGACUGCCAUCGCGAUGACCGACAACCAGAACAUCAAGACCUGCAAGGUCUUGAGGAAGCUCGAGGUCGGUGAAAUCGUCCGAGUCCUGGAAGGCCCAGAAGUGGACAAGGACUCUAGCGUUUCACGGAUCAAGGCCGUCGCCACCAAGGAUUCCCUGGAGGGCUGGGUGACCGUGAAGGGAAAUGCCGGGACAGUGUACGCGGAGGAAGCUCCCUCCUUGUACACGGUCCUGCAAGAGGUGCCGCUGCAGCGCUCCUUUAGCACUGAGGGCGCCGAGCAGAUCCGAUCCCUUGCAAAAGACGAGGCCAUCGAGGUCCUGGAGGGCCCCAAGGAGGAGGUGCUGGAGCCGGUCUUGCGCUUCAAGGGCCGGGCCUUAGCCGACAGCGCGGUCGGAUGGGUCAGCAUGAGCAGCAAAAAGCUGAAAAGCUGGAGCCCACUUUAUCGGUGUAAACAGAGCACGGUGCUGCAGUCCACGUUGGCCACGAAGAGCGCCGCGUCGAUCCGUCGAGUGGACGAAGGUGAGAUCUUGGAAGUCGUGGAUGGGCCCAAGGAGGACCCUGAAGCUGGUCUUCUUAGAAUUAGAGCAAGAGCUCGGAAAGACCAAGCAGUAGGAUGGAUAACGAUGAAAGGCAAUCAGGGAACUGUUUUCCUGGUGCAGUCUGAAGAUCCGCCUAAGCGACAGUAG